GGCGCCAUAUCAAGAAACAGUAAUCCAAGCAUUCGUCGCCGGACAUCCGCGUGAGAAAGAAGUCCCCGAUCUGGGAGACCGGGGUCGUGGAUGGCGGUCGUUUUCUAGGUACGUCGACUGAGCUCAAUACGACUUUGUUUCUCUAUGCAAUUUACCAAGAAUGAAGCAACAAUGUUGGCGCUAAAUUAUGAACACUACUCGUUGGUUAGAUCUACGGUUACAGAGGUUACUCGAGACCAACUCAGAUCUUCUUUUUGAAUUUCAAUUGUUGUUUAUCAUUCGUUAUUCCUUAACAGGAAAUUUUAGUGGAAGUUUUGAGAUGGCAGCAAUUUAUAGUCUUUACAUCAUCAACAAAUCAGGCGGUUUGAUAUUCUACAAGGACUAUGGUUCAGCUGGACGUAUGGAUACAAACGAUAGUUUAAGAGUGGCGAGUUUAUGGCACUCAAUGCAUGCCAUCUCUCAGCAGCUGUCACCAACGGUGGGCUGUUCGGGCAUUGAACUGCUUGAGGCUGAUACAUUUGAUCUUCAUUGCUUCCAGCCGCUUACAGGGACAAAGUUCUUUGUAGUCUGUGAACCUGGAACACUACACAUGGAGAGUCUUUUGAAAGUUAUCUAUGAAUUGUAUUCGGAUUAUGUUCUGAAGAAUCCCUUUUAUGAGAUGGAGAUGCCCAUAAGAUGCGACCUAUUUGACAUCCACCUGACACAGGCAAUACAAAAGGAUCGCGUUGCCUUGUUGGGUUGAUAAAUUUCCUGGGACUCCGAAUCUCGUUGCUGAUUAGUCUUGUGGCCUGAUUAAUGUAACUUUCAUUUCUGCAUGUCAAUAGAAGAUGGUGAUACGUUACUCUUUGCAAGGUUUCCUUUUAAUCAUAUGUCGAUGCAUUAAAGUUUAUGGAUGAAUUAAAGAGCAUUGGUGGGAAAUUAUUCAGCAAAGCUUGAUUACCCUUUUAGGUGAA